AUGUCGGAGUUCCCACGGAUUUCGCUGCAGGUUGAUAGCUUGAUGAAGCUUCAGGCUCAGAGCAGAGCUGCCAAAUCGGAAGCUGAGGCCGCAGCCGCCGCGGCUCGCCGUGUGGACGAUGCCGUGGGCGCAGAGGCCUUCGCCGGUGAAGCGAGCGCCGCCUCCGUGGCACAGGCGCUCCUAGAAGAAGAAAACAAAGAGCUUCGGCAGGAACUUCAAAAGAGAAUGCCUCAGCUGAAGGCUCCCGCUUCCCUACUUGAAAGCUCUAGUUCUGCAGGAACCUCAGCAGAAGCCCAAGCGCGGUGGAAACUAGUGGCCUUCCUGCAAGUUAUGAUGGUUGUCGCGACUGCUGUGGUACUUGCUAUUCUUUAUUUCGGCACACGGAAUCC